AUGAGCAAAACAUUUGUUUUCACCAAUGUUGAACAAUACAAAUUGGAUUCUUCAAACAAAUAUUUCCUCCCCGAAUUACCCGAGUCUGCUUUUAAUCCAAUAUAUGCAAAGGUACAGGGAUAUGCCGUUCAGUUGAUGUGUCAACUUGACCCAACACACACUGAAGAGUACAAGACUUUACCACAGAGGUAUCACACACAAUUAGAAACCAACCUAUUUAAACAAGCUGCACGAGAAUUCUUUGCUGGCUGUUUUGAUCCGAACUCUCGGAUGUUUAAAAAUGUUUUUAAAUACUGUGUAGGCCAGGUCAGUGUCUAUUUGCGCUUUUUAUAUGAGCAAGAAAUAGACAAAGAAAACCUUGAAAAAGUAGAGAUCAAAAAUCCAUUAUUUAUAGUGUCUAUGCCACGCAGUGGCUCUACUUUUGCACAUUCUGUGAUGUCAUCGGAUCCAUACGCGACUUCUAUUAGAAUGUACGAACACUUGUGUCCAGGGAGCAAGACAAUGUCCUCUGAAAGUCGUCUCAACUAUGGAAAAAGAGUGAUCGAGCCGAUGCUAAAUGAAAACCUCAACAAACGACAUAAACUAGACGUGGAACAUUAUGAAGAAGAACUGUUCUUCCAAGAAAUGAUUGGAUUUUCGUGGACGUACUCGCUCAGUCUUCCCAGACUCGAACAAUAUAGAGAACACCUCUGGAACGGAAAUUUCAAAUUUGUGUAUGACGGGUUAAUGGACGAGUUUAAAAUGCAUUUGUUAGACAAAAAGGAGUGUCCUUGGUACGACACUGACAAGUCAAAAAUAGACGAAAAAAUGAAAAACUUCCACUUGUGUUUGAAGGCAGUUUCGCACUUUGUGGAGCCGGUGCACUUCUUCAAUUUUGUAAAUACAACAGAAGGAAGAAUACUGUGGAUACACAGAGAAAUCAUUCCGGAGCUCAAAAGUCUGAUUCCUGGGUGCCUGGCAGUUCGUGGCAAUUUUGUGGGUGAUGUUGGACUUGAUGAUAUUAAAUGGACCAAUGAUAAUACCAUCAAAAUCAUUUGGCUGUGUUUGAAGAAUGGAAUUGCAGCGAGAGAUAAAUGGGUCAGUGAGGAUCCAAGACGAGAUAAACAGAUUUAUGACGUUUCAUUUACGGCAUUGACUAAAGACCCAAUUGGAGAAACGAAAAAGAUCUAUAAAUACUUUGGAAUGGAAUACUCAGAGGAGUUUGAAGAAAACAUCAAAAAGCUCAUCAAACCAAAAGAGAAAAAGCACGAAGAAGAGAAAGAAAAGGAUAAGAAAUACUUCACAUUUGACGAAGAAGAGAUGAAAAAAGAGUUCAUGUUUUACUAUAAGCGUUUUGAAAAGUACUUACCCAAUUACUUUAAAUAA